AGAUUCCGGACAAACAAUGGAAAAACAAGAAUGGAGAUUAUAUGUAAAAAAGCUCCAUCAACGUUCUCUGCGGUGGAGUACGUCCCCCCUAAUUCCAGGCCACACCUCGUAACCGGCCACCCCGAGCUGGCAAUGGCGUCCCAACCGCUUGCCCGCCUUGUCCCCCCCUCGGCGCGCGCGCUUUUUCUCUCCCACACACACAUCCACUCCACGACGCGCGCCCGAAAUCCCUCCCUGCCGUCGAUCGAUCGAUCGCCUUCGCCGGAGGAGGCAUGCGGCGGUGGCCGCCACGCACCGCGCACUAGCUGCAUGCGGACGACCGGCGGCGGCCAGCAGCGGAAGCGGAAGACGGUCUCGUCGUCGGCGCCAUCCGGCCGCCGUAGAAACCGACCGGCGGAUCCUGCUCGAUCGCGCAACAAAUCGCGGCCGCCGCCGCCCGCCAUAGAUAGAACUCGAAAAUUUCGUCCCGGGUCGAUGGAGCCGCGGCGGGAGGCGGUGCUGCGGGAGCUCGGCGACGCGUGGGACGAGAUCGGGGAAGCCGAGGCGGACCGGCGGGAGGCCCUGCGCGCGCUCGAGGAGGGCUGCCUCGCCCUCUACCGCGCCGAGCUCGCCCGCCUCCGGCAGCGCACGGCGCGGCUCCGGCGCGACGUGGCCGACGCCGUCGCCGAGCUCGCCGCCAUCCGCGCCGCCCUCGGCGACACCGUCCAGAGCUCAAGCGCCAACUCCUCCGGGGGCGGCAGGAGCAGGAGCCUCAGCCUCAAGGAGGAGCUCGGCGCCAUCGCGCCGGAGCUGGAGGAGAUGCGGCGCCGGCGGGACGAGCGCCGGCGGCUGUUCCAGGAGGUCACGGACGUGAUCGACCGGAUCGAGCAAGAGAUGUACUCGACGAAUUCGAACGCCGCCGCCGACGACGACGGCGACCUCACCAUGAGUAAGCUCCAGGAGCUCAGAUCACGCCUCGGGGAUCUCCAAUCGGAGAAGGAGAACCGCAUCAAGAAGGUGGCGGAGCUCACGAGCUCGCUGCACUCGUCGUCGCUGGUUCUCGGCAUGGAUUCCGGUGAGACCGACCUUGAAGAAGGUGACAUCAGCGAUUGCCGGAUCGCGAGAUUGCUCUCCGAGAUCGAACACCUCCGAGAAAUCAAACGGGACAGGAUGCAGAAGCUCCAAGACCUGGUGGCGGCGAUGUUCGAGCUAUGGAACCUGAUGGACACGCCGCCGGAGGAGCAGAGCAGGUUCCAGGACGUGGCCUGCAACAUCGCGGCGUCGGAGGAGGAGAUCACGGAGCCCGGCGCUCUCUCCGUCGGCUUCAUCGCCAACGUCGAAGCGGAGGUGGUGCGGCUAGAGAGCCUCAAGGAGCGCCGGAUGAAGGACCUCCUGCUCAAGAAGCGCGACGAGCUCCGGGAGAUCCGCCGGCGGACGCGCAUCGCUGCUGCAGAGGAGGACGACGACGACGGCGAUGGUGGCGGCGGCGGCGCAUUGCUCGUGUUCGACGCCAUCAAUGAUGACACGGAGAGGUCCAUGAUCUUGGAGAGGCUGGAGGCGCAAAUCUCUGAGGCCAAGGAUGAGGAGUUCAGCCGGAAGGAGGUGCUUGAGAGGAUGGAGAAAUGGCAGGCGGCUCUCGAGGAGGAAUCAUGGCUCGAGGAGUACAACAGGAAUGAGAACAGAUACAGUGUGGGCAAAGGAAUGCACCUCAUGCUAAAGCGCGCAGAGAAGGCGCGUGCGCUGGUCAACAAGAUGCCAGCAAUGGCAGAGGCCUUGAUUGCGAAGGUGUUGGCUUGGGAAAAGGAGAGGGGAGAAAAGUUUGAGUACGACGGUGAAGGGCUUUUGGACAUGUUGGAGGAGUACGACAAUACGAGGAAGGAGAAAGAACAUGAGAGGAAAAGACAAAGAGACCAGAGGAAGUCACAAGGGCAGAACAGGGUGGAGUCGCCGGUAGCCCGAGCUCUCCCAAAGAGCAUCAAGAACGUGACGAGGACAUUGUCCAUGGGCCGCAGCGGUAGCAGGAAGGUGGCAGUGUCAUCUUCCUCUCCGUUGUCAUCGUCGAGGCCAACCACGCCGAGCUUCCUCAAGUCUCCAAUGUCACCGCGGGGGAGCGACGAUGGGCAGAUGAUGGCAUCUGGUCCUUUCGACUGAGAGCCUCGGUAGUUCGGUGCUUGCUUUGUCUGCCUCAUGUUCUUAUGUAGUUUGCUCAAGGCCGACGAAGAGAAAAGAUACCAGUGGUCGUAGAACGAUAGGAAGAGUUUCUGCUUGUUCUUGGAAAAGAAACAAGUGUCCAAGAGUCAAAAUGACACGAGGACUUGCAAGUGAUGUUUUAUAUUUAGCAGAAAAGGAGUAGACUUCAAGAACAAGACUUGUUAAGGGUAACACAUUAACAUCUGUACAACUGUUGUUAAACAUGGUAGCGUUCAGAUUCUA